AUGCACCUAGGACAUGAAUAUCCUCUCAUGUAUGGGCUGAUUCUCAUCCCCUGCUGGUGUUCUCUAGUCUGCAUAAGCAGAAUUUACAUGGGUAUGCACUCCAUUCUGGACAUUAUCGCUGGAUUCCUAUAUACCAUUUUAAUUUUAGCUGUCUUCUAUCCAUUUGUGGACCUGAUUGAUAACUUCAACCAAACUCACAAAUAUGCUCCAUUAAUCAUCAUCGGGCUUCAUUUAGCUUUGGGGAUCUUCUCUUUCACUCUUGACACCUGGAGCACAUCCCGAGGAGACACAGCUGAGAUUCUUGGAAGUGGCGCUGGAAUUGCCUGUGGUUCUCAUGUCAGUCAUAGCAUGGGUCUAAUGUUAGACCCUCCUCUAGACAUUCUACCUUUAGCUAGGCCCCCCAUUACGGUAAUGCUGUUGGGAAAAGCCAUACUGCGGGUCCUCAUAGGAAUGGUAUUCGUACUAGUAGUCAGAGAUAUCAUGAAAAAGACUACCAUUCCUCUGGCCUGUAAAGUCUUCAAUAUACCAUGUGACGAUAUUCGAAAAGCAAGACAGCACAUGGAAGUUGAACUUCCCUAUCGGUAUAUAACCUAUGGAAUGGUGGGUUUCUCCAUCACAUUUUUUAUUCCUUACAUUUUUUUCUUUAUUGGGAUCUCUUGAUGGGGAAAUACUUUGUAUGCUAUGGAAGGAGGCUAUCAAUUACUGAUAUCUAAAAAUACACUUUAGGUCAAAGCCAAACCGGAGUAAGCCUUUUAGAAGAAUUUAACUUAAAGAGUUAUUUAAGUAAAUUCUUAAGAGUCAGUGCAUUUUAUUACUGCACAUCCCGAUAGUGUUUUAGGCGAGCUGAGCUAUUGCAAUACUGAGAAAAUGAUAAUCCAUUUAAAAUGUUCCUGUGUUUGGAGAGUUUUGCAUUGUUAGGAGUUCAAGUUAUAUAUAAUAUAUAUUAAGGUACAUAAUAUGCAAUUAUAUCUCUAAUAUAUGUUAUAUAUGAAAUAAUAUACCUGUUUUAUUUGUAACUGUGGGGAUGUAUUAUAAAAUCAGUAAAAAUAUGCAGCUGUGCCUGUGUGUUUGGAAUGAAUACAGGCAUGUUGUUCUUCACAUUAUUUCCUGUGGGAGCCAGUUCCUAAUUGAGUUGCAGAGUUCGUUUACCAUCAUGUACUGAUCUCUUGCCUCCUUUUACACUGCCAUCACCUUUCACGGUACCCAUGGAAUUUAAACAUGGGGAAUAUUUUUAAUGGACCAAAAUUUCAGGAAGAUUAGGUGUUGGAUUCCUUAUUUUUUUAAGUUACACUGUGUUGAAUGUACUUUUGUUGCAAGUGUUUUGGGUAUCAGUUUAAUGAUUCAGGUACUGAAUUUUAUUGCUUGCUAAUUGUGCCUUUUGUUGCUGAGUUAAGAAAUGUAUACUGUGAUGUAAUAGUAAGAGUCUAUCUUAAGUUACAUAUAAUCAGGCAAAUAUUUAAAAUAUAUAGAUACAUAAAUAUCAAACUAAUGGGGAUAGAAGUAAACAACCCUUAUUAGUGUAGUCUUUAUUUAGAAAGAAAUGGCAAAAUGGGCUAAAGUUUCUUGCUAUUUUAUUGGAAAGCUAAAUGGAUAAGUAUUUCCAUUUUUGUAAGUAUUUUUCUGUGCACUGUAAGUUAUAGGAAUAAGAUAUAUUUUUUGUACAUUGUCUUGAUUGUUUAUACUGCAGGUAGAUGUUUCAUGGAAAUGUAGUUGAAAUUUGCAGGUGGGACAGUGCAUGAGCUUCAUAUGGAAACAAAAACCAUUUUUGUAAAUUAUUUGGAAAGGAUUGGACUUCCCAGCAUUACAUUUUAAUACACACUCUUUAACUAUUUAAGGUAAAUUAUAAAAUUAAAAAAAGUAUCAGUAGAUUAGAUCCUAUUUUCUUUCCAGCCUUCUAUUUCAGAAUGGAAAAUUGGAGUAUAGUAUUAAACUGUUUUUUUCUCUUUAUGCCUUUAUGUUUUGAAGUGUGAUUAUAAUUAGGUUAACAUUAAAUUUAUUUAUAGUAAGGUUUUCCUAAGUAAGAGAACUUACUUUCAAUGUAAAUGAGCAUCAGGUAUGGGAUUACUGAUUUUAGUGCAAUAUCUAUGUGAUUAUCCACAAGUAUCAGUUAAGAUAUUUCUAUUUUGGACAGCAUAACUAUUUGAGCUCAUAUUUUUAUAAUUCUGAUUGAGAAUUUAGGAGCAUGGCAAUUUGUAGCAAAACUAAAUCUGAUCAUUUUAAGUAAAGCAACUAAAUUUGGCCUUUAGUUUAAAAGAAACCAAUAUCCUUAGGAACCUUAUUGGUACGAUAGAAAAUGUGAAAAGAGCUUUUCUUUUAAAAUGUGUGGUUGAUGACUUAAAUUUUAAGGACUCCCAUAAUGUGUGUCUCUGCUGUCCUAUUAAUUUUUAUGUGUCACUUAAAAAGUAUUUGAAAAUACUCCAUUUCUUUGUGUUUCAUUUUCUGUCUUAUGACACUUCUAUGAUAAAUGUGUUUUAAAAUAAAAACCAAA